UUAUUUUUCCCGAAUUAACUCUAUUUCUUUCUACUUUUCCUGACAUUGCAGAAGACGAACUCAAAAUGGCACACACAUUUCAACAAGAAUACAUGGAAAUGCCACCUAUCACUAGAGCUUAUACAACAGCAUGUGUGUUAACAACAAUCGCUGUUCAACUUGACAUUAUUUCACCGCUUCAGAUCUACUUUAACCCAGAUGCAAUAUUUUCAAAGUAUCAGAUAUGGCGCCUUGUCACAAACUUCAUGUAUUUUGGUCCGAUUGGUUUUAACUUCCUAUUCAACAUUAUAUUUGCAUACCGCUACUGUCGAAUGCUUGAGGAGGGGUCAUUUCGGAACAAAACAGCUGAUUUUUUUUUCAUGAUUUUGUUUGGAUGUACAUUAAUGAUUGUAUUAGGUUUUUUUGUAAACAUAGUAUUUUUAGGUAGUGCCUUUACCAUCAUGUUAGUCUAUUUGUGGAGUCGUCGUAAUCCCUAUGUCAGAAUGAAUUUCUUUGGGUUGAUGACAUUCCAUGCACCAUAUCUGCCAUGGGUUUUGCUUGGUUUCUCGGUUUUGCUGGGAAAUUCUGUCAUGGUUGAUUUGAUGGGAAUUGCUGUGGGUCAUAUCUAUUACUUUUUGGAAGAUGUCUUUCCACAGCAACCAGGAGGAUUUAAAAUUCUUAGAACUCCAUGGUUUUUGACCUACCUCCUAGAUGGUCCCCCUGAAGAUCCCAACUACAACCCACUCCCAGAGGAUCGACCCGGGGGAUUUAACUGGGGUGAGGCACAAAGACCACCCCAACAAGAUGGUGAAAAUUGACACCAAAAUUUAUCUAGUCUUAACAUUUUACCCAAAUAAAAUUUGUAAAAAGAGUUGGAAAAUUGGGAUAUGAGACUUAUUUCAUGAGAGAGGGAAAGAUGCAAAAGCUUGAGAAAGGAUCAUGUGUGCAAAUGCCAACAUGUUUGUCUGUACAUGUGCAAUAUGUGCACUUGAGCUGACGCUUUAACUUUUAUUCUGUGAUAGAUCUGUUCUUAUUGAUACAAUACCUGAUUUUUGUCCAUGAUUUAACACAUGUAACACACAGUUUUCCCCUCAUCAUUUCAGCUUUUUGUCUAUUCAUGUACGUAUAAUUUCAUUCAUCCUUAACUUUCAGUGGGUUGUCUACAAGGUUUUUGUAUAUUGUCAUGAUUUUUUUUUUCAGUAAAAUUUUAGUGUCAAGUUUGGUAAACUCCUUGAUGAUUUAGUUUCAUACAUGUAGAGAUCCAUGUAUGAUUAUUUGAAAUACAUGUACAUACAUGUAUUUAAUUAUAUUUUCUGUACAGGAAUGUUUCUUUUUAAUAAAUACCAUGUAUGUUAAUUGAUAUGAGGAAAAACAUUGAAUUUUGAUGAGUAGUCAUUGUUUUAAUACAUCAAGACAUUCUGUACAUUAAAGUAUGUACAUAAUAUGUUAAGUUGGAUUAAUAAAUCUAGCUAUUUUAAGAA